UGGUCGUCCUCAAAGCCACCGAGAGCCGAAGCGAAAACCCUCGCGAGCCAAUUUCCCCACUUUUCCAGUUUUCCCUCCACAACCCAGCGCCAUGGCGGCCUCCUCUUCCGCCGCCGCCCCCACCGACACAUACGACAUCCCGUGGGUGGAGAAGUACCGCCCCAGCCGCGUCGCAGAUGUCGUCGGCAACUCCGACGCCGUCAGCCGCCUCGAGGUCAUCGCCCGCGACGGCAACAUGCCCAACCUCAUCCUAUCCGGGCCUCCGGGGACCGGAAAGACGACGAGCAUCCUGGCACUGGCCCACGAGAUGCUCGGGCCCAGCUAUCGCGAGGGCGUGCUUGAGCUCAACGCCUCGGACGACAGGGGGCUGGAUGUGGUCCGGAACAAGAUCAAGAUGUUCGCGCAGAAGAAGGUCACACUGCCGCCGGGACGGCACAAAAUCGUCAUACUGGACGAGGCUGACAGCAUGACAACAGGGGCACAGCAAGCACUGAGAAGAACCAUGGAGAUUUAUUCAAACACCACAAGAUUCGCUCUUGCAUGCAACACUUCAUCUAAAAUCAUUGAACCUAUUCAAAGUCGCUGUGCUAUUGUUCGGUUCUCAAGGCUUUCAGAUCAGGAGAUCCUUGGCCGCCUUAUGGUUGUGGUGGCCGCCGAGAAGGUCCCUUAUGUGCCAGAAGGUCUUGAAGCCAUCAUUUUUACUGCUGAUGGUGAUAUGAGGCAAGCUUUGAACAAUUUGCAAGCUACAGUUAGUGGGUUUCGUUUUGUUAAUCAAGAAAAUGUGUUCAAGGUAUGCGAUCAACCACAUCCUCUGCAUGUCAAGAAUAUGGUAAAAAAUGUGCUUGACGGAAAGUUUGAUGAAGCCUGCUCCGGUCUAAAGCAACUAUAUGAUUUGGGCUACUCUCCUACUGAUAUAAUCACCACUCUCUUCCGUGUUGUCAAGAACUAUGACAUGGCUGAGUAUCUAAAGCUGGAAUUGCUGAAGGAGACCGGAUUUGCCCACAUGAGAAUCUGUGAUGGUGUCGGGUCAUUUCUUCAGCUUUCAGGCCUUCUGGCUAAGUUUGCUAUUGUGAGAGAAACAGCCAAAGCGUAACUUUGUGUAGCAGCUCUGACAUCAGUUAACAGUGUUAGUACAACUCUGUCAUGGUAUCUCAGUGUGUAAGGUAGUGCUUCACAGCAAAAAGAAAAUCAUGUCUAUUUAGCAUGUCCAAUGUAGAUGUAGUAACCAGUGAGACAGCUCUCACAGCUUGUGUCCCGUUUGUCGGAAACAUCCAUGGUGUGUGUAAUGCCGCAUCUCAGAACUAUUUUCAGUAUUUUGGUUGUUUUUCUGGUCUUGUAGUCGUACCGUUGUGCUAUCUUAUCAGGGAACCGUCAGUUAUCCAACUAUCCAAGCAAAUUAUGCA